AUGUCGACUGACGAAGUACUACAACCAGACCCAGUACUGGAUGAUCAUAGUGGUAGCACCAUAGAGACAUCAUCAGCAAUUGAACUCCCAGACGCUCAGAUUUAUCAGGCAAGCAACGGAGAAGGUUCAGAUACAGAUGAUGAUUAUCUGUUAAGUGACGAUGAUGAUUAUAAUGGAUACCUGAUGUCUAAAAAUGGUCCUCGUUUAUCAUAUACCCGCAGUAUAGCAGAUCACACUACAUAUCUCGUGAAUUCUUUGUCCCAUGCAUUGGAUUCUGUUCAAUUAGAUAAAUCUCUUGCUUUAGAGGCACAAGUAAGUGGAAAAUUGAACAAUCAAAAUCAAAUACUAAUAGAGAAAAGAAAUCAAGUCAUUAUAAAGCUCAAGAAUCUACAAUCCCUAUAUAAAGAGAACUUCUUAAUCGAUGCUAAUUCUAAUAUAAGUAAGAUUGAACAAAUGAGACAUGAUAUAACUGAUAUAGAGAAACGGAUUUCAAGUUUGAAAAGCGGAAACGAAAAAGGAGCCAUAUUCCCAUUUAUGAAAGCAAAAAGAGAAUCAGAAGAAGGAGUCAUAAAGAAAUAUCCUAUCGAAUAUAACCAAGCUAGAAAUAAGAUUUUAGAACGUCAAAUUGAUGACGCGUGA